CCUCAACUCCAAAAGUCAUCACAGGCAACUAGAAGCUUUUCUCUGCGCAAAAUCAUUACUCUAUCUAUUCACAAUGCCGCCUCAGAUCAAGCAGGAUCUCAACCGAUCAGGAUGGGAGACCACCGAUUUUCCCUCCGUCUGCGAGACGUGUCUACCUGAUAAUCCUUAUGUCAAGAUGCUUAAAGAAGAUUAUGGUGCCGAAUGCAAAUUGUGUACCAGACCUUUCACCGUAUUUGCCUGGAGUGGUACUCGCGCCAACGGUCGUAAGAAGCGAACAAAUAUUUGCUUGACCUGCGCGCGACUCAAGAACUGCUGUCAAUGUUGCAUGCUCGAUCUUUCCUUCGGUCUUCCUAUCGUCGUACGCGAUGCUGCGCUCAAGAUGGUCGCACCCGGCCCGCAGUCCGAUAUCAACCGAGAAUACUUUGCGCAAAACAAUGAGCAGCUCAUCGAGGAGGGAAAGGUUGGACAGGAGGAAUACGAAAAGACGGACGAGAAGGCGCGCGAACUGCUACGAAGACUCGCCAACAGCAAGCCUUACUUUCGCAAGGGCAAGACUAUCGAGGAGGGAGAGAGCUCCAAGGGUGGAAACGCAGCUGUAGGCGCGGGUCUUGGAGGACCUGGCCCAAUUCGAACCCGAGACUCAAAGGCAGCCGCUGCUGCGGGAGCUAGGACUGGUGGUAAGGGUCGUCAGGUCUUCCCCAGUGCUGCCCAACUCCCUCCUAGCCCACGCGACUGGGCUCCUCCCGCCGACAAGAACAUCAUGUCACUUUUCGUGACCGGCAUCGAGGACGAUCUCCCCGAGUACAAGCUUCGCGACUUCUUCAAGGUUCACGGCAAGAUCAAGAGCUUGGUCUGCUCACACAUGUCGCACUGCGCAUUUGUCAACUACGAAACUAGAGAGGCGGCUGAGAAGGCUGCUGAAGCAUGCCAGGGUCGCGCCGUUAUUGCAGGAUGCCCCCUAAGGGUUCGAUGGGGACAACCAAAGGCUAUUGGUACUAUGGACAAGGACGAGAGGACGCAGAUGCUGCGAGAUGCUAGACAGCGCCAGGGAGGAUCUCAAGGCCAGCGAUCGAUCGAGGGUGGCAGUGGUUCUGCCAACCAUCAGGCUCUGCCAGCUCCUGUGGCAGCACCUCCAGGAGCUUCCGACACACCUGCUUACGCCGCUCUUACUGGAGACUGAAUGAAGUAACGACUUGUUUUAUGUUCAUAUAAGGUAGAAAACCAUGCCUUUUGGAGUUUGGCGUCGGAAAAAGGACAUCAUGGAUAGGGUGGUCUUUAUUAGCGAAAAGGACAAUUGAUCAUGGAGGUUGCAGAUUACGUGAGAAACAGGAAUAGAUGAGAAGCAAAGAGGUAUUCUAGAGUGAUGAUCAUUUUGGUGCAUUUCAUUCCUGGAGGGUAUCAUGACAGUCAGAUAAUGUUACAAAUUGUACAAUGGGACUAAUAGUCUCCUCUCAUUUUUUACCACCACCGCAGCAGCCACCUCCGACUGUGCCUUUGCCAGCUGUCUUGAUAGACUCGUUAUCGCCUCGCUCAAUGUCUUCAUGUAUUCUCAGCU